UUGGUUUGUGACAAGGUAUUAUUUAUACAAUGUACUUUAAGGUGCUUGAAUAAGUUUUCAUCUGUGUUUAAAUGAAUAAAAUUGUGUUUAGAUAAGAUGCCGUGUGGCUUCGAUGGAAACCCGACGCGAAUUGAGCUGCGACCGCACGGUUAAACCUGGUUUCUUCCUUGUGAUCGUGUUUGCAUUUUUGUGUGGACCAAUGACAGUCGAGGACUUUUCAAAUUUUCUGUACUUUAAUUUGACGUAGAUCGAAUCGGGCGAAUGCACCAUCAAAACCAAGGAAUGGAUUCUAGAAAUCACGCAUACGACGUUGACGGGGGUGAGGGAAAAGGAAAACUCCGCCGAUCAAACCUUUCCUGCCGGGAACUAUGUUGGCUGCAGAUGUUCGCCGUGUUAAUGUUCGGUGUUGGGAUUGCGGGUGGGAUUCUUAUAGGAAUAUACGCAUACCACGCUGGUCCGGAGUCCGAUGGUUCAACGCAGUGUCCAACUUUGCCACCCCAGGGGAGUCAGUGUGGGAAUGCUCACUCUACGCCCAGUCCUAAUGUAAACCCCAAAGAACAAGACAACAACGAACAUGCAAGUGGAACUUUAGGAGAGUGCCCGACAACCAAUCCAGUUACAGGCACAAGGUACGAGAGCACGGUUUUUGCGCCGUUGACUACGGCAGAGAUGUACAAAGCUGCAAAGUUCCUCAAGGACAAUGGCGUGGUGUCAACGCUUAAUGCACCAACUUCAUUGUUUGAAAACUUCAUUCUCUAUCAAUGGCUCGAUGUUCCAACAAAAACAGCGGCCCUUGAUUUUCUUGAUAACGGCGGUCCGAAACCGCAGAGGCACGCUAAAGUGACGGUACAACGUGGCCAAGAGCUUGACAUCAUGGAAUACCGCGUAGGACCACUUGACUCUAACGUUAUGACAAUAAAUUCCCUUAAUAAACCUGGGGACGUGCAGUUCAACAGUCGCCCAUAUGAUGGUCUUGAGGUUGGCAUAAUGACACAGAUGUUGGAAAAGGACAUGACGACUCUCGCUCCCUUGAUAGCCGAGAGCUUUGAUGGUGCCAAAUACCCCGAGGACCUGGUUUUCAACUUAUUCAACGGGCCUCCCAGUACUUCUGGUGUUGACAGAGAUACAAGAUGGGUGAUUACAUACAACGGGUUUAAAGGCGCCGACGUUGACCUGAUCCACAUUCUCCCGUUGAGCGGGCGCGUUCACAACCCCGGAAGUAACGUGUCCCAGUGGUAUACGUACGAUUUCCACUACCUCAACCAAGGGCCGUACCGGACCGCUUCGGACCUCAUGAACGCCUAUAACAGGAAUGAAAUACGGAAGGUCAAGCUCGAGAAAGGAUACAAGGACACGACCUAUGAUAGAAUCUUUCCAAAACGUGAUAGCGGCCAGCCGUACAGAGAAAACGCUGAUAGACAUGGACCCAGGGUUUACUAUCCCAGCGGACCACGGUACACGAUAGACGGCACCCACGUCAAAUGGAUGGACUGGAGCUUUGACAUCAGCGGAGGACAGAUUCGUGGCCCGGCCUUGUUUGACAUUAAAUUCAGAAACGAACGAAUACUCUAUGAACUCGCUGUAAAUGAUAUUUCAUUAAAUUACGCGAUGGACUCUCACUCGCAGAAUAAUAUUAUCUAUGCCGAUGCGACCUAUGGCAUUCUUGGUGGUUUGACGCCGACGACAAUAAUGAAAGGUGUCGACUGCCCGGAGCACGGCACGGUGCUGCAAACCUCCUUCUGGUUGGCGGACACACAGCUAGCUUACAACAUGUCGUCUAUCUGUGUCUUUGAGGCGGACGGUCAGGAUGCCUUGUGGCGUCACGCAGGGAGUAGCUUUGAAGCUGGCAUGCGCAAUCGCUACCUUGUCGUCAGGGUUCCCACUGUUAUUGGAAACUACGAUUACACUUUUGAGUUUGACUUUUAUCUCGAUGGUAAAAUCUUUAAUUACGCCAAAGCCAGUGGCUACAUUCAAGCAAGCUUCUGGGACGAGCACGAUCCUAAAUGGCCCGAUAAGAGUCGGGACGCAUUCGGGUACAGAAUAUCAGACUAUAUGACUGGUCCAAUACAUGACCAUAUGUUUGGGUACAAGGUUGACUUUGACAUAAUUGACCGAAACAACACGUUCCAAGUCGUGAAGUGGAAGGCCGGCCCUGCGCUGGAAGCACUCCAAACACAGAACGCCUCCAUUACCAAGGCGCCUGAGUAUUUCAUCUACAACGAGACCCGUUACAUCGAAUGGGAGAAGAUGGCACAGGAGAAGGGCAUCCGGAAAACGCCUGAACAGCAGUUUUGGCUGGUCGUCAACGAAAGGGAAAAGAACAAAUGGGGAGUGGAGAGGGGUUAUCAGAUAGCACCUCUGCAAACAGGCUCCCAAGCAUUGAUAAACCAUCCUCUCCUGAAAGCCCUGUCCUUUACCAAGUAUCACUGCGCCGUCACAAAACGGAAAGAGGAAGAGCCAACACUGACGUCUAUUUAUGACGUUAACAGAAUGGAUAACCCACAAGCGUAUCUUGAUAAACACAUUGACGGAGAGUCGAUUCUGGAUGAGGACAUAGUGAACUGGGUAACGGUUGGCUUCCUGCAUGUGCCUAUUGCCGAGGACAUGCCGAUGACUGUCAGAGUGGAGACCGGAUUCCUUCUAAAACCGUUCAAUUUCUUUGACAGGACGGCGACAUUCGAUAUGCCUCAAUACACUGAUACCAAAGAUGGGUCUCUUAAAGAAUCAGAGCCAUUGUUUGACCAGUGCUCUGAACCGAAAACGCACUAUUGUCGUUUCUGCUAAUUACCAACACCAAAAACAUUCCUGUUUAGUUGCUUGUAGAUAUAAAAAAGCUUUUCAUGGAAAGUUUAAGAAACGGGUCAAAUGUGUCUAAUCUUUUAACAUGUCUGGGAAAUGGUUUUGCUUACUUUUGGAACACGUUUAUAUUUAUUAUUUUUUGGUGUUCGAACUUAUUUGUGGGUCAAUAACAGUCGAGGACAUAUUAAUUAACAUAAGCAAAUGUAUCUGGAAUAUAUUUAAAACUUGAGGAAACUAUCCUGGCCAGCAGCCUCACCUGGUCUAAUUGUCUAUACGUAUCGUUUUAUUAUAAGUAUUGUGUGUUUCGUUAUGUUAUAAUUUGUCAUAUAAUAAUAUUUUGAUAUGUCAUGUUUAAAUCGAUGAGCAAAGGGGAUGUCUUAUGCCCAAUAUUAGUAUUAAGUAAAAUAAAUUCAAACACAGAUUAUGUGGAUUAUUUCCCUUGUCAGCAUAUCAUCGUGUCAAAAGUGAGUGCUCUUUUUUA